CUCUCCUCCUGCCUUGCGCGCUUGGCACGGAUCGGAGCAAGGAAAGCCCGCCCGCCCGCCUGCCCGCCGGCACUGCCAUUUUUAUUUAUUUUCCCAUUAAAGGAUCGCCUCCUCCUCCUCCUCCAGCGCCAGCCCCUUUCCCUUCCCGACCUUCGCUCGGGAAGAUCUCGGGAGAGGCGGGCGAGCCAGCCAGAGGCGCUGGGUGUGCAUUUUCCAGAAACUCCGAAGGGACGCGCACGGGUAGAUCCGGGUUGCUAUGGUUAUUUUCUCCACCUGGACAGAUGAUGAAAGAAAUCUCCAUCCCUCUUGGUUUCAAGCGGUUUUCGUGGAAAUGCCGGAGAAUGAGGUGGUGACGUGGUGACAGUGAAUCUUCUCAGUUACAUCUGCGUGCUUGAAACGGAACGACUAAAGGUCAGCAUGCUUCUGAGGCAUUCAACGCUGUCAUAUUUCUGAAGUCCUUCCCUGACAGUCCUCCGUGGCGGAUUCACCUGGGCCCAAAUCCUUCAGGAUUACGGUGGCCCGUCUUAACUUUGACGUCUCCAAUGUUCUGCCAUUCCGUGGCGAAGGAUGGAUCGGCGGCGCUGGAAGAUGGCUGUAUAGCUUCUUGACGACGAACCCGGAGGCCUCGUAAUUUCUUAACUCCUGGCUUGGGAUAUAUAUGUUUCUUUUAUUAUUAAUUUUUUUUGGUUCCUACCUCAAAAACUGAUUUGAAAAAAGUUUAAACAUUUUCCAAAAGCAAUUAUCAAAAAUGACAAGUCUGUUCCGCCGGAGCAGCAGUAAUGGCAGCUCAAGGAAUAAUAGCUCUUCCACCCAAGAACUUAACAAUAGUCGCCCUGCCAGGCAGGUACGGCGGCUGGAAUUUAACCAGGCAAUGGAGGAUUUCAAAACUAUGUUCCCCAACAUGGAUUACGACAUAAUUGAAUGUGUUUUGAGGGCUAACAAUGGUGCCGUGGACGCCACCAUUGACCAGUUGCUACAGAUGAAUUUGGACAGCAGCGGGUGCGAUGACAGCUCAGAUUCAGAUGACAGUAUUCCUCCUGAGAUCUUGGAACGGACUCUGGAGCCAGAUAGUUCAGACGAAGAGCCGCCUCCGGUCUAUUCUCCCCCUUCCUACGAUAUGCACGUCUUUGACAGGCAGUAUCCGCAGGCUCCCCCAACGCCGCCCCCCAGGAUUGAUAUCCAAAAUUCCAGUGGCCUGCAGGCACAAAAACGGUAUAGGAAUUGGAAUCCACCAUUAUUAGGCAACCUUCCUGAUGAUUUUCUUCGCAUUUUACCCCAACAAAUGAAUGAGAUACAGAGUUUGCAAAGCUCCCAUCAAACAACGCCAAGCCCACGAAGUCAGAGAGCCCAGGGGUCCUUGGACCAAGAGAGGAAGUGGAAGCAGUACCUGGAAGACGAGCGCAUUGCCCUCUUCCUGCAGAACGAGGAGUUUAUGAAGGAGCUGCAGAGGAACCGGGACUUCCUCCUGGCCCUCGAGAGAGAUCGAUUGAGGUACGAGUCAAAGAAGUCCAAGAUGAACAGCACCGCUGUCAGUAGUGAUGCCCGGAGCUCCUCUGUAAUACCAGAUGAUGUCGCUCGCUCCCUAACCGGCGUGGCUAGUGGUGCUGUCUCCGAUGAUGCCUUAUUCAGGGACAAAUUAAAACACAUGGGAAAAUCGACACGCAAGAAGCUCUUUGAACUUGCCAGGGCAUUCUCAGAUAAGACCAAAAUGAGGAAGUCGAAAAGAAAACAGCUGUUGAAGCAUCAGGUCAUGGGGACGGCAGCUUCGACGGCUAAUCUGCUCGAUGAUGUGGAAGGACAUUCCGGUGAUGAGGAGAGCCAAGCAAGGAGAAGACCUUUACCCAUAGAAGAAGAAGCAUCAAAAGAAGUACAAUGAAGUGAAGGAUAAUAUGAGAUCUUGACUUGGCAGUUAAAAAAAACAAAAAGGAGAUAAGGUGAGAAUCGAAAGCUGUCUGAGAAGAGAAAGAUGGUCCUUCAGCUGGUGGCUCCAUUCUGGCUCUGGUGCUGUGGGAUGUUUCGGAAACAACGCACACGCGUUAUAUCAUGUCAGGGAAACACCGUAUUUGGGUUUUGACAACAAUUUUGAAAACAAUGGGUUUGGAAACAAUUUUCUUUGUUAAUCCCCCCCCCAUUCUUCCCAAUCUGAGGAAUCUAGGAAUCUGAAGGAGGGGGAAAAGAGAUUAAAUGAAUAGCUGGCCUGAUUUUUUUUUAAUGCCAACCUUUGCUACAGGAGAAUGAAUUUUAAGCUCCAAACAGGAUCAAGGUGCUUUCCUCCUUUGAUACCCUGUGCUGUUCAGAUGUACAAAUGAAAAAGAAAAAAAAGGAUAAUACUGUUUAAGAGUUUCUAGUGUGGCAUUUAAAAAUAAUAUCUCUUCAACGAAUGAGUCUGUGUGACCUUUGUCCAGGUAGAGAAUGGCCUCUGUGGUUUGUUGUAUGGUUGAAUUGUUGUUACUCUUUUCAUUUUUUUAUUCUUAUGAUGUAACUUGCUGCUCAAUUGAGAAGCCCAAGCCCCUCUGUCUGUCAGCCACCAGCAAAAUAGAAGCUUAUUUCCAUAAAGAAGGGUGUUUCUGCAUCCCUCUCGCCACCAGAAACACUUCGCAGUGAAUUCAUGGAUCCUUGAAUUUUUUGUUUUCAUUUUCAAAAAUCUCUCCAUAGCUCGUUGUCCUCUCCGCUUGAAAUCGCUUUGUCUCACGCUGUUGCUUCAGUGUGAUCUCUCUUCUAGCUGUACAUUACUCAUAAGGCUGAAAAAAAGAAUGCUGAAAACUAAGAUCAAACUCAAGACUUUGGAGAAGUUACUUUUGUGGGGAGUACAGUAGGUUUCCCCUAUCCACGGAAUCAGUAUCUGCUGAUUCACUGAUCCGCUGUUUGAAAAUACGAAAUAACCCCCCCCAAGAAAUGGCCACAAGAGGGUGCCAUAGAUCAUGCAAUGUAUAGCAUUCCAUAUGUCUGCAUUUUUUGGCUUGGGAUCCAUUCCCUCCUGAUAACCACAGUCCUACUCUGUAACUUCCUACAACUUUUUUUGUUUUGUUUACAGCAGGCUGUGUUGGCUGUAAUGACAAGAAGUCUCAAAAAGUAACUUUUGAAGGCUCUGGGAUAGGCGUGAACAGAUAUAUCCUAAAUAUAUAUGUAUAUGGGAUUGGUGUGAACAGAUAUAUUCUACAUUCUAAAGUUAUAUAGAUACAGUAUAUAGAUAUAUAUUUAAAAAGUUGUUUCCAGCAUCCAGGGCAAACACACACACACACAAACACACACAUAUAAUUGCUUCUGUGCUUUUGUGAACCAAGAGUCUUUUGCAACAUUGGCGUUAGAGCCGCUCGCCCUCCCCCUGGUUUGUCCCACAUGUUGUUGAGGUAACAAUGCUUUGCAUGCAUCCUUUUUAUUCACUGGUGAGUUGGCACUGUGCCACGGAUAAUGAGAAAGGCUAUAAUUGGCCCGAUCUACACAGCGCCGGGUUGUUAAGCAUUCACUUCAUGGGUGUGUGGCAAAACCAUGUGGGGAAGGAAUCUUGGUUUGAGAAUCCUGUGGGGCAGUGGCUGCUUGGAUCGUGUCGCCUUUGAAUCAGAUUGGGGGACAAGUUGGAAACAUUACUUUUUCUGGACUACAGCUCCCAGAAUCCUCUAGGAAACAUGGCCGGGGUGUGUGUUCUGGGAGCAGUGUUCUUCCCCUCCCCAAAAUUUCCUACGCUCUGCCUGUGGGGUACCUCCAGCCAUCCUAGCUUCCUGCCGGUGGCCGUUUUGUCCUGGAUGCUGUAAACAAAAGUGGGAACAUUGAGGUAUUGGGGGGGCAGAACUCGCUGGCUUGGCAUGGACAGAGUCUUGAGUUCAAAUCUCAGCAUCUCUUAAAGAAUAAUUGCCAGAUUUAGAAAGAUCCCCUGGACUGAGGCCACCAGUCAGAAUAGACCGUGAUGGGAUAGUUGAACCUGUGGCUUUGGGUCAAUAUAGAUGGGCUAUAAAUAUAUCUCUUGAGUCAUGUUGACCAUCCUGAGGCCUUAGAUUCAAAGCACAACAGAAUGGUUUCCUUGUUUGUAAACCAAUGAUUGACAAGUUUAUGAACUGCUGUGAACGGUUGUUAUGUGUUGUCAAGUCACUUCCGAGUUAUGGCGACCCGAAUCGGGGUCUUGAGGCAUUCAAAGAGCGGUUCACCACAGCCACCCCUCUGCGAGGCUCCGUGGCUAACUGAGGAUUCGAAUCCAUAUCCCUCAAGUCUUAGUCCCACUAUCCAUUCCACCGCACGGGCUCUCACUGCUGGCUAUCAUAGCGCAAAGAAUCGUAAGAGCUUUAAUCAACAUGCUUUCUGAAAGGCAUGUUGAUUUGAGUUAAAGCUUCAUGGUGGUUUUUAGCCCCAGGAUGCUUUUGAGCUGGCUUCUGCAUCAUAUAUGUAUUAUUAUUUAUUUAAUAUUUUUGGCUACAUUGAUAGUCACAUCGUUCUUCUAAGGAGCUCCGUUUUGUGCGACUCUCCCCUUUCCGGCUUUUUGCUCACCACAACCUUGUAAAGUAGGCUAGGCUGAGAAAGAUCCCUCUUGGUAGGAGGCAUAGCUGUGCGGGAACUAGAGAAAUCAACUAUCCAAUGUUGUAUCCAUGCCAGAUCUUCUAUCUGGGGGUGCCAGGGUUUCUCUGAAAGGGAUACUUCUUAAGAAGUGACAUUGGCUACAUAGAUCUUAAGAUUUUGGGGUGCAUCUCUUUGUAGUCAUAUAUUAAAAAAAAACAGCGUCCUGCUGGCGGCUUCGGUGUUCCUGUUGCUUUAAAGCAGAGAAAGUGAGAUGGAAAUUGAGACUGGAGCAGCUUACGCCAGAGGAGAGGCUGGGAUGGGGGGGGGGAAUCCUGAGUGAAGUUCUCUGUUCUCUUCAAGGCGAGAGUGCCGUCAACUCGGCCGCCUCGUCCUGUAAGGGUUCCAAGUUUUCAGGCUGCUUGGAAGGAGAAAUCGUAGUGCUUUUAAAAAAAGAUUCCAAACUUGAGAGACAGCCAGACACGAACCGUUCCCUUGAGAAAAGAGGGGAGGGGGAAGGAAGCCUUGAAUAAGAGCUGCCGAGACUCGCGGAUCCUUUAGGACAGAGAAUGCCAGCCAGCCUUCUCUCCUCACCUUGUUUGGGGAAAAAGCGCUGGCCAGUUGCUAAGGGCACAACUGAAGGAGUGCCACUAGAAACGAGCAGCCGUAGAACGAGAAAAACUUUCACAUGGUACUGCGGGGCUCCCUGCUCCUUAAAUUGCUAGCCCAGGAAGCCACUGGCUGUUCCGUCUUCCUUUAUCCAGAACGCUUGGAAGGAACUCAAGUUCUGGAAGAAGAUCUGCGUGUUGGAAUGUUCCCAGUUCAUUCCGAGUCUGGCUUAACCUCGCAGAUUUUGCAUGAACUUUUUU